GCUGCUGCCGAGCUGUUGUUGGUCGAAGGCGGGAGUUCUGAGGUGUCUUUGAUCUGAGAGCUCAAGAGGAAAGGAGCAGAUUGGGAUGCACUGUCCUCUGUCCUUACCCUUGGGCGGGUAGCAGCGGACUUCGCAGGCGUGAGUGUCGCAGUGCUGGUGGCAGCGUCAGCGGAAAAGCCCGCCCGCGGUGAAGUCGCAGGUCUGGCUCAGCGUCUGAGGGAGCGAGAGUCUCCUUACUGGGCGCCUUUGCGUCUCUGGUGAACCCAUUUGUUGUGGAGCGAGAGGGGUUUUGGGAGGACCAGCGAUUACUCCUGCCUCUCUCUUAGCCGUCAUUUUGGCGGCUUUUUUACUUCAGGGGAUUUCGGCCUUGGCAGUUUGGGAGCCGGAAUUGGAGAAUGUUUGGUGAAUCUGGAAUGGGUGGCUGCGUCGUCUCCGCGCUUGACUGAUCAUGGAUCCCUACGUUACACCAGAAUCGACUCCUGAACACAGUGCUUCUUCAAGGCUUAAAAAUUACUUUAUAGGUGUUACCCCUCUGCAGAGACGAUUGGAAUCAGUCAAAAAGCAGACUUCAUUUGUCUCGACUCCACCUCGAAGGAAAAUUCCUCAGUGUUCACAGUUGGAGGAAGAUGUUGAUCCUCAAAAAGUUGCAUUCCUUCUACAUAAACAGUGGACUUUAUAUAGUUUAACUCCCCUAUAUAAAUUCUCUUAUACUAAUCUCAAAGAGUAUUCUCGACUUUUGAGUGCAUUUAUUGCCGCUGAAAAACAAAAAGGACUUGCUGUGGAAGUGGGAGAAGACUGCAACAUCAAAGUGAUUUUUUCUACUCUCCUAGGAAUGAAAGGAACAGAAAGGGACCCUGAAGCAUUUCUUGUUCAGAUUCUGUCAAAAUCUCAAUCACAAUCUGAGAACAGAGAAGGGAAGGCGUUGUGGACUGGUUGGUUCUGCUGUGUAUUUGGAGACAGUCUUCCAGAGACUGUUUCAGAAGAUUUCACCUGUCUGCCGUUAUUCCUUGCAAAUGGAGCAGAGUCUAACACAGCCAUAAUUGGAACUUGGUUUCAGAAAACCUUUGAUUGUUACUUCAGUCCUUUAGCGAUCAAUGCGUUUAAUCUUUCCUGGAUGGCUGCUAUGUGGACUGCUUGCAAAAUGGACCAUUAUAUGGCUACUACAGAAUUUCUUUGGUCUGUACCCUGUAGUCCUCAAAGACUAGACAUUUCUUAUGCAAUACAUCCAGAGGAUGCAAAAGCUUUGUGGGACAGUGUCCAUAAAACACCUGGGGAGGUUACCCAGGAGGAAGUUGACUUAUUCAUGGACUGUCUUUAUUCACACUUCCAUAGACAUUUCAAAAUUCAUUUAUCAGCCACAAGAUUGGUUCGUGUUUCAACACCCGUAGCUUCAGCACAUACUGAUGGAAAAAUAAAGAUUCUAUGUCAUAAAUACCUUAUUGGAGUGUUGGCAUAUUUGACAGAACUGGCAAUUUUUCAAAUUGAGUGAGGCUUCAUGUGGAAUAUAAAUUAUGGAUUGUACCCUUUUCUUUUUCAUGUUUUUAAAAAUUUGCUAGAGGGUGCAUGUGUUUGGUAGAGAGAGGGGUAAUGGGGUGUGAGAAAGCAACCCUAGGGGGAUGGCCACACCACAAUUCCUUCUCCAUUCUUUUGGGCGUUUGGGCAUGCACAUGCGUCCAACAUGUUUUUCAGGCCUCUGGGUCUGGUACUCAAACUUUGUAUUUGGCUGUGUGGGAUCCAGCCUCCUUAACCACCAGGUCACUAGUCAUCCUGAAGUAUACCCUUUAUUCUUUAUUUGCCUAACUACUAUGCUGAGAGAGAUUGGAGGAGAAAGGGAGCAUCUAUCACUGCAUCUUUUUUUCCCCAGUGUUUUUGGAGUUGCCCUAAUAGAAGCCAAGAAGGAUCUAGAAGAACAAAGAACAUGGUAGUAGAUGAGCCACAGGCUGGUGCUUGUGAUGAUCUGAGAUGCCAGUUUCUAGAAGAUGCUGAGCUGUCAAUUUGUUGGUUAGCUUUAAAAAAAAAAAGAUAUAUAUAUAUAUAACAUUUUUUUUUUGGUCAGACUUUUAAGAUUCAAAUGACAUGUAGUUAAUAUUGUAUAUUUCUGAUAUUGGGGUCUUUAAAACCUUUAAUUCCUUUUAAGCAUUUUAGAACUGCAUGAAGAAUUUCUGUCUUCUAAAGACAUUUUCCUAGCAUUGUUUUGCUAUAGAAAACUGGCAAUUAAGUUCUCUUAAAAGGAAAUUAAAGACUGACUACAUUUUUUUAACCACUAAUAUGCUUCUGCGUUUUAAUACUAUUCUAUUAUUGCAGUACUGAAUUAAAUGUUCACAUUUUAAAUGAAUCAAUGAGUU